AUGACACAAACCAAGGUCAAAAGCCCGUCGUCGCUUGCGCACGUCGUUCUACGCACCCCGAAUUUCGCAGUCAUGAACAAAUACUACAAGACGUUUCUUGGAGCCGAGGCAUCAUAUGAAAACGAGAUACUCUCCUUUUUGACAUAUGAUGAAGAGCACCAUCGAAUCGCCAUUAUUGCUGUACCCGGUACUGGGCCUAAAGUGCGCCACUCAGCUGGCCUGGAGCACAUCGCAUUUACGUUCGACACUUUGGACGACCUCUGUCUGACCUACCGUCAGCGCAAGGAGGCAGGCAUCAAGCCAACAUGGUGUGUCAACCACGGGCCAACGACCAGCAUCUAUUACACCGAUCCGGACGGAAAUAUGAUCGAAACUCAGGUCGACAACUUCGACACGGUGGAGGAGGCAAACGCCUUCAUGGCUUCAAAGGCAUUCGCAGAGAAUCCAAUCGGAACGGAUUUCGACCCUGAGGAGCUCAUUCGGAGGCUCCAGUCCGGGGAAGAUCAUGUCUCAAUAAAGAAGCGCAUAGAGAAUGGGCCGAGAGGCUUGCCAGAAUGGGCAUUGUAA